AUGCCGGGUGGUGUGUGCGCCGUUUUGGACUACGAUGUCGAGUUUAUGGCGGAAUACGUUGCAGAAAUGUCUACACGCCUUGCCUUGGGCAAAUGUCAGCCUUCGGAUACGUUCAAAAAGUUUAUCUCUCAGAUUCUUUCGUCCACGCGUCUCCCACGCACGACCAUCUUGCUCGGGAUGAACUAUUUCGCGAAACGAAUCAACAUGAUGAACAUGAUGAGUCCAACCGGGAAGCUCUCUGUUUCAGACGGUCACGUUUGGCGGAUGCUUACCGUAGCUCUACUUCUCGGCAGCAAGUUUCUUGAUGAUAACACAUUUCAGAAUCGCUCCUGGGCUGAUGUCAGUGGAAUACCGGUUCGCGAGCUGAACACCAUGGAACGCGACUGGAUGGAGACCAUCAGCUGGUGUUUAUACGUGAAUCUUGAUCGCAGUGAGGAUUAUAACGCAUGGAUCAAUAGCUGGAAUGAGUGGGAUGCUGCGAAGAAACGGCACCAAGCAAUUUCCGCACACGAUAGGCUUACAUCCUUGAUGAUACCUGUGGAUUCGGAUGUUAGCAACAAUCCUGCUUACGCAAACUGGCACCAACAACAAGUUGCAGAAUACGAACGCUUGUCCCGGCUGAAGCGUGGCGAACAACCACUGCAACACGGCUAUCGCAUCCAGGACUUGGCCUGGUCUUACCAGCCACCCGUUGAUGCUUGGUCGAGCGCCCCUUUAACUCCUCCGGACUCUGGCUACGGCACUCCCGACUACGUGAAUUCGGCCGCUUCCGUGAACUUGCAGUACAAUGACUGGUUCAAUCAGCAAGCACAGCAAGCGGCCAACAGGAUUGCUUCGAACGGUUCAUAUGGCCGACCUCAGUAUCUUCCGCCGGCCAACGGGAAUCCAACACCGUACCAUGGUCGCAAUGUUCCAGCUAAGCUUCCGACCUACAAUUUUUACGGCCAUAAUAUUUGGGAGCAUAGUGUCGACAGCGGUUUUGGCUGCACUCCUCAUGGGCAGCAAAUGAAACAAGGCCCAUAUACUGGAUUCGCCAAUCCGUAUGGGCAGCCUGUUGUGGGCUAG